ACUUUAAUAUUGAUUGUUUCAAUUUCAUUUGCUCUCAAAUGCUUCUUGUCAUUUUCCGUUUUCCUACUACCAUACCCCAGUCCUCCCAUUUCCUAAUGUUAUACAAAAUAAGCUUUUAUAAUGCAUGUGUUCUCCAUGGAGAAUAAUUUAUUAAAAGAAAAUUAGGUCUACCUUUUAGGAUUUUGAAGUCUUACUUGUGUCAGUUUCAGAACAAAUCAUGGAAGAUUGCCUUUGGGUUUGUUUAUUUUGGGAAAAACAGCUUUUAGAAGAUAUUUUUUGGUCAUUUAAGAACAGUAUACAUUGAGCUUAAAACAUAGUUUAGUUUGGGAAAACAGAACCUCUUCUUAUCUAGCUUGAUCCUUUGGGCCUUUAACAGUCCUGCCCAUCAGUUCUGUUUCCAUGUAGGCAGACCUAGUUUGGCGUGAGUGAGUUUGGUACAUAUUAUGUAGUGGUGAAGUAUAGAAAACUUAAUAAAAGAUUUAGUGGAAAACUCAUUUGGCUUAAUCUAGCUGAAUCUAAAGUCCUGCAGUCUACUUCUUUGGAAGGAUUCUCGGAGUGGUUUUGGCUUGCGCUGCUAUUAAGCGGCCACCUUGGUUCUGCCCUUGUGAUCAGAUUCUUUCUUACGUGUAGUUUACCUUCCUUCUGGAGCUGCAUUUCCCCAGAGACAUUGUUUCCAGAGUACCAGAGCUUCCUCUCUGUGGUAUCCAGCACUUGACUCUGUGUGGCGGCUGAUCAUAGCAUUGUCUUCCUUGUCCUGAUUAAAGACUGGUUCAUUCUAACAACUUAAAAAAAAAUUUAAACCCUUAUCUUCCGUCUUAGAGUCAAUACUGUGUAUUGGUUCUAAGGCAGAAGAGUUUGGGGUUCUGGUCACCAAAUCCCUGGGCCGGAUCUGACCUCAGAACAUGAGUCUUCCCGAUUCUAGUCCAUGGCGCGGUGGCACUUAGCUGCCUGGUUAUCUGUGCCAAGAACCCUCCAAAUGGGGUCCCAAGGAAGGAGCCCGUACCCUCGGACUGGGGAGGUGAGGGGUUUGGUCAUAGAUUUGGCUUAUGGACAGCAGACAGCCCUUCCCCCGGCCACUAGCGCCUCAGAGGAAGGGGGCACCCCAAAUAACCAAGGCGGGGCUGGGGAGCUUCAGGAGUAGGAAGGUCCAAGUUAGACGGGCCUGGUGACGUCCGGCUCUAAACCUAAACUCGCAGGCUCCCCUGGAUCCCAGCCUGCAGAUGAACCCCUAGCAGAGGGAGGCGGGGCUAAGGGAGGAGGGACCAGAGACAUUUGUGAAGCCGCCACGUGGCAGAUGGCAGUGCGCCUGCGCAGAAGGCGCCACGCGCCUACAUCUUCCAAACUCCUCGUAGAUCUCCUGCUCCUCGCCGGUUCCUUCCUUCCUUCCUUUCAAGGACUCAGACUUCAUUUCCCAGGAUGCCUCUGGAACAACACGCUCAGGUUACGACCCUGCGUUCUCUUGAGUUUUCGGUAGCGCCGAUCUUCCUGAGGCAGGCGGAUCCUGGCUCCUACGCAGCACGGCAGGGAACGAAGAGCCGCCCCAGAUGAGGAAUAGUCUUUUGUGCAGGCGGACUGCGUCAGUGGGUACAGUGAAGCGGAGAGGCGAGAGAGGGCGGGCGGCCAGCGUUCCAGUCAUAUCUCGGGCUCAACUCCAGCUCGUAGGUGUGCGUGCUUUUGCGUGCGUGCACGCUUGUGCGUGAGAGAUAGCGUGCGUGCGUGCGUGCCGGGCGUCGCACUCGCCGGAGUCGGGCGGGUCCGGAGGCGGUUGUGGUCGCGGGGAGCCAAGGACAGUGGCAGGGGCUGAUCAGGGGCGGGUGCGGAGUAGCCACCCGGCCGAGGCGUGCCCGGGACUGUGGAGGAACCGGACCCGCGGCUGGAGGAGAGCUCGAUUUUCAGAUUCUGCCUUUCCAUAAAGAAGAACAGAGGAGGAGAGAAUGAUUUCUGGGCUCCUUGUGGCCAGGGCAAUGGAGUCCGUGACGUUCCAGGAUGUGGCUGUGGACUUCACCCACGAGGAGUGGGGACGCUUGGAGCCCGCUCAGAAGGACCUGUACAGGGAUGUGAUGCUGGAGAACUAUCAGAACUUUGUCUCCCUGGGAGGACUACCAGCCCCUAAACCUCAUGUGAUCUCUCAGUUGGAGAGAGGAGAAACACCAUGCCUAGCAGAGAGGGAAGCCCCGAGGGUCAUUUCCAUUUGCCAAGAUUCCUUUAUUCUGAAUACAAGAUAUGAGAUCAAGGAAUCAUCUUUAAAUCAUGGCAUUUUUAUGGAAGCAUCAAGCAAGGAGAGACCCUCAGAGAAUCACUUCUGGAAUUCUAAGUUGGAUGAAGCUUGGAAUUUUAAUGUCUGGUUGGAAGGCCAUAAGGGGAAGGAGAGAUUGCUCCAGGAAGUAAUAGGCAGUCACAGAACAGCUUCUGAGUUGGAUGUUCAUGAACAGAAUGCUUUUGGGAAGAGAUUCAAGUUAGGAUCUGUUCUUGUUCCCAGACAAAGAGCGACUAUGGGAGUAGAGCACCAUCAACAUGACACACUUGGAAAGAGCUUCAAACAAUUAUCAGACAUAAUUGACCAUAAUAGGAACUCCUUAGGGAAGAAAAUUGGUAACUAUAAAUGUAAGAAACCUGUCAUUUACCACUCAGACCUUUUUCAGUACCGUAAAUUACACAAUGUAGAGAAACACCAUACAUGUAGUCAAUGUGGGAAAACCUUCAGCAGUAGCUCAUGCCUUAUUGCACAUCAGAGAAUCCAUACCGGAGAGAAGCCUUUUAAAUGUAAUGAAUGUACAAAGGCCUACAGGCGUAAAGCACAUCUUAUUCAACACCAGAGAAUUCAUACUGGAGAGAAACCCUAUGUGUGUAAUGACUGUGGAAAAGCUUUCAGCAUUGAUUCAUCCCUGGUUAAACACCAAAGAAUCCAUACUGGAGAAAAGCCCUACAAGUGUAAUCAGUGUGGGAAAGGCUUUAGCCAAAAAGGACACCUUAAUCAACACCAAAGAAUUCAUACUGGAGAGAAACCCUUUACAUGUAAUGAAUGUGGAAAAGCUUUCAGCCAAUACAAACACCUUAAUGAACACCAGAGAAUUCACACUGGGGAGAAACCCUAUGAAUGUAAUGUAUGUGGGAAAGUUUUCAGACAGUUUGGGAACCUUAGUAAACAUCAGAGAAUUCAUACAGGAGAGAAACCAUAUAAAUGUAACCAAUGUGGGAAAGCAUUCAUUGACAAUUGCGUCCUUAUUCAGCAUGAAAGAAUUCAUACUGGAGAAAAACCAUAUAUAUGUAAUGAAUGUGGGAAGGCCUUCAGUCGGGGGAUAUGCCUCAAGAAACACAAGAGAAUUCACACUGGAGAGAUACCCUAUAAAUGUAAUGACUGUGGGAAAGAGUUCACUGACAAGACGUCCUUUGUUUGUCAUCAAAAAAUUCAUACUGGAGAGAAGCUCCAUGAGUGUAUUGACUGUGGGAAAACUUUUUGCCAGAAGGCCAACCUUAAAAAACACAAAAUGAUUCAUACUGGAGAGAAGCCCUUUGAAUGCAAUGAAUGUGGGAAAGCUUUCCGAGUAGUGGGACAGCUUAACAUACAUAAAAGAAUUCAUACUGGAGAGAAACCAUUUAAAUGUGCUGAGUGUGGGAAAGCUUUUAGAGACAGAGGAGGACUUAGUGUACAUAAGGAAAAACAUGGAGAGAAACGUUAUACAUGUAGUGACUGUGGGAAAACCUUCAGGAACCGGGGAUACUUUCGUAUACAUCGGAAAACUCAUAAUCAGGAGAAACGUUAUAAGUGUACUGAAUGUGGGAAAGACUUCAGCCUAAGGGAAUCCUUUGUUGUUCACCAGAGAAUUCAUACUGGAGAGAAGCCCUAUAAAUGUAAUGUAUGUGGGAAAGCCUUCAUUUACAACACAUCUUAUAGUAAACAUCUGAGAAUCCACACUGGAGAAAAGCCCUAUACAUGUAAUGAAUGUGGGAAAGCUUUUACUCAGAAGCAUUACCUUACUGAGCAUGAGAGAAUCCACACUGGAGAGAGACCUUUUGAGUGUAAUGAGUGUGGAAAGUCCUUCAGGCAGAAGCAAACUUAUAAGGCUCAUAAGAAAAUUCAUACUAGAGACAAAACGCUUAAAGCCUUCAGCUGAAUGGAAUGUAUUUGGAAAUAUUGAUUUCAUACAAUAUCAGUGAUUUCAUACUGUUGGACAAUUAAUGUAAAUGUGAUCAAUGUUGAAAAUCUAUAAUUUCAACUCAUAGGGAAACCUGCCAUCUCAGAGUUGAUGAUCGAUCAUGAAACGACUCUUGCACAUGUAUUUAACUUCUUUUUACAGGCUUCAUGAGGAAAAUUUACUGUGAGACUUCGGUAUGGCAAGUACUUCAUAUGAUCAUAGUCAUAGAGAUAAAGCAGGAAGGGACCUUAAAAAGACUUCUCCAGCUCCUUCAUUUUCUAGAUGUGGACACAAAGGGAGAGUCAUUAAGUAAUUUGUCCAGCAUUAGAUAGCCUGUAAGUAUAGGAGGCAGUAUUUGAAUCCUGGUAUUCUUGAUACCAAGUCUGGUGCCCUGCCCACUAGUCAGUGCUUCUUUUCCUCUAGUCUUGUUAAAUACUGAAAGUCAAGAUGUCAGAAACAGUUUUUUUUCACAAGCUAUAAUAGAUAUUGUUGGGAGACUUGAAAGGGAAAAAUAACAAUCAUAGUAAAAAUAAAAUUAUAAAAACAUAAAAUCUCUUUAAUUUGGAGUGCAUGUUACCUGCUUUAGGUGUUGAAGUUGUAUGAAUAGAUUCUGAAAGGACUAUAGUAUGUUUCAUAAAUAAUUUCAGUAAAUUUGCUAAAAUUAGCAAGAGAUUAAAAAUAGUAGAUAAAUGACACGACCUUGCUCCAGGCAGGAGAAUAGCUAGUGUAGCUUCUCUGAAUAAUUAAUCCUGGGCAUGAGUCGAUCCGCUUUAUGUGGACUUGAUUUGGGAUCUGAAAUAUCCUAGUAGGAGUUCUGGUUUACCCUGUGAGGUUAACCCUCUCUUUUAAUAAUGGGAGUUGGAGAAUAUUGAACUUUUGGUUCUACUUUUUGCAAGGGAAAGUGAGGUUUUCAGCAAAUUCCUGGCUGUGUCUGAAUAAGAAUUGGACACUUGGUCCACAAGUCCACAACUUGUAUGGAAAAUUUUAACUAUAGUAUAAACAAAUUACUAUAUUAAAUUAUCCUUGGGCUUAAAGCAUUACUGGUGCCAGUAACCAAUAGGAUAAACCAAACUUGGAAUGUGCCAGCAGAUGGAAAUCCCCCAGACCAAGCUUUAUAUAGCCCAUUUUGCCCAUUUCUUUCAAGUCUCUCCUGUACAUCUCUCCCUUAUUAUUUACACACUUUUGUUCUAUUAUAAACCAAAAUAGCAUCUAUUUAGAACAGUCCCUCGGUUCAAAAGUACCUUUUGUGCCCAUUUGCUUAUAACCCUUUAUCCAUGCACACUAUUAGAAUUUCCUCAUUAGUGAUGUAAUAAUUAUACUGAACAGACCAGUCUUGUGUUCUCUUCAUUCCAUUGGAUAAUAGUGGUAGGACAAGGCUAGAUGCCCUCUUAUUGACAGUUGUUAAAAGGGAUUCUUUUCUAAUAAAGGUCAGGAGCAGAUGAUUUCUAACCUGUUGUGCUCCGAGAUUAGUGAGAUGCUAUUACUCAGUUUCCUUCAUCAGACGACUUCUUACAGUUUGAUUCCAUCUUGGUUGGGAGUGAUGAUAACCAACUAUCCUAGCUAUCCAGUGCAAUUAAGCAGAGUCUGGAAUGGGAAAUGUGAUAUCAGCGACCAUUAAGCUAACCUCUUGUGUUCCUUUGGAGGUAAGGUUCUUUCCCUUAAAUGUAUCCUCUGCAUUGCACCAGUUUCUCAGUCUUAUGUAUGAAAAGAUACUCAAACAGGUACAUUAAAGAUUUGGUGGGGAUGAAUUGGUCCAGGUCUAGAUAGCAAUUUUGAUUGAUCCAGAGAUCCCACUUUUCAGUAUAUUCACCCAUAUAAAGAUCCAGCAUGUGUUAGACUAUUUGUAGUAAAUGAGUGGGUAUGCACGAAUUAGUGAAAGAUUGAAAAAAGUAGCAUGGGCAUAUAAUGGAAUAUUGCGCAUUAAGCUAACUGAAUAGGGACCUGGGAAAUUUUGUAUGAGGAUGGAAAAUGACCCCUUCCCUCUGCCCCAAUUCAAUACGAGAGAAACUACACUAAUGUGAUUUAAAAGACUACCAUAAGAAAUGGAAACUGCGUCAUUGGUAAACAAAUGAAGGUUUCAGGGAGCAGAUACUGGAACUACCUUCAUGAUGUGUGUGGGAGGGGCAGGCCCGCAAAGAUUGUUACAAAAAUGGAAAGUUAUAAUUACUCUAUUGGAAGUUUUGAUUGUUUUGCUUUGCUACAAGGAAGGAUUAAAUCUGAGUCUAAUAUGUGGAAGACAAAAAAUCAAUAAACAUGUAUGUGUUGUUUUUUUUAA